UUUUAGAAUAUUUUCACAUUGCACCGGCGAUUUGGCGGGUUGGCAGUUGAAAAAAGUAAAAUUUGCCAAUAAAUGCUGUAAUGAGGCCAUAAAAAAUCAAUAUCCCUGAUGUAUAUUUAAAAACUCUUUAUUGUGGAUUCGAUAAAUGAAAGAUGGCCGAACGACCAGAAGAUCUCAACCUUCCGAACGCUGUGAUAACCAGGAUUAUUAAAGAUGCAAUCCCGGAUGGAGUAAAUGUCUCAAAGGAAGCUAGGUUAGCAAUUUCUAAGGCAGCAAGUGUUUUUGUGCUGUAUGCAACAUCAUGUUCUAAUAAUUUUGCAUUAAAAGCGAAGAGAAAAACGAUCACAGCUAAAGAUGUACUUGAUGCCCUGGAAGACAUGGAGUUUGAUCAGUUUGUUGAUCCACUGAAAGAGUGCUUAGAAGCAUUCAAGAAGAAUCAGCAAGGAAAAAAGGACCAGAAGAAAAAGGAAAAAGAAACAGCAAAUGUGUCAGGGGGUGGAGAUGCUGAAGAUGAGGGUGUGGUUGUAUUAGAGGAGGAGUCAGCAGAAGAACAUAUGGAGGAAGGCGGAGCUUCAGAAGAAGGUGGACAAGUAGAAAAGACUGUGAAUGGAGGGGAGGGGGAAGUUGUGGAGAUUUCAGAUACUAGUGAUGAAUGAUAGAUAGAAGAAAUUUAGGUCAAAACAUUUGUUAAUUUCUCUGAUUGUCUGAUGAUAACUUUGGACAGUUCAAGACUUUGGAUUUUUAAGUAAGGUAUAUUCAAUACCCAGAGAAUAUACACACAAUAUUGUGGUGAAGAGUUGACAGAAAUUACAUUGAGUAAUUUCUGGUAAUUUGUGUAUGGAGAAAUCAAAGUGCAUGUUGCCUUUAUGGGUUCUUUAUGUGUGAAAUAGACAAUUCUGAUGUAAACAUUUAUGUAUGGUGUUCUAGAAUGUGGGUAUUUAUUAAUUUACAAUUAAGAUACAUUGUUGUGUACUUCUACUCUACAGGAAAGGUAGUUUGUAUGAUGCCAAUGCUUUCUAUAUAAUGUAAAUGUGGUCUCAUUGUUGAAACUAUGUACAAUAAAUAGGGAUGGCAAAAAUUAACUGGUUAACCGAGUACACUGUGUUCCGAGUAUUGAUUAUGAAAUUUAGUAAUUGAGUACUCUUUAAAAAAAAGACUAGAAACAAGUCAGUUUUAACGCGGCCGUUUAAAUGACACCAAAGUGUCCUGACAGUAAAUUACUAUGAUAUUUGCUUUGCACUGGAAGAAACAAAACACCUUCAGAAUUUACUACGACAGUUCAAAGGACAUCGUUGGUAAUUAUCUUGCAGUAGUCUUUACUGUGUGAGUUCAGCCAAGGCGCUUGCAACAGCUUACCAGCUAAGACAACAUCAGACUGUCCUAGCUUAGGCAUAGCCUAUGUCUGCCUCGACCACAAGUUUUUCUCCAAAUGUCUCGGAUCGAAAAUGAUGUUGUCAGUGUGUCAAACGAAUGCUUUGAUCCUGGCGUGGCGUCUUCAUGAGUGGAAGACCAGCACCUAAAAAAUCGACUGUUGAUUGCCUUCUGAUAUCUGAAUUGUUGAGAUGUAAAACAGACUUUAGCCCUCCAAUAAAUAGAUACAUUUUUAAAUAGAUAUACAUGUAAAAUUCUGAUCUGAUCUUUGAUUACACAUUAAUUUUCUAUUGUUAAUUGCAUGAAAAGUGCCAGGUAAAACGUUCAUAUGGAGUACAAAUUUAUAAAACAACCAGAUCUACAUCCAGCCUAAUAGGUCUUCUCUGACACUUCAAGAUUUAUUUACAUACAAUGUACAAAGAAGCAUUUCACAUUGACAAUAAAAGCAUAUAUACAUCCAUGUACAAACAUUAGGCAAAAUAGAUGCUGUAUAUCUGUUAUGUACAUAAAAUACACACAGAUAAGAAUGAAA